AUGAGUGGUAGUUCGACACGUCCAGCCGAGAAUGCAGAACUGCCUGCUCAAGAAUCUUCUCCAGCAAUCCAUGCUGCUGAUCUUACGACUAUCCAAGUUCUAACAGAGGAAGCUACCAAGGACUUUCUUUUACAAGAUUAUGAAAGUGCGGUUUCCAAGUUUUCAGAUGCUUCCGAAAUAAUUGGUCAAUGUUAUGGUGUUGAUUCGGAAGAAUACGCCGAAGCCCUAUACAAGUAUGGUAAUGCACUACUUGAAAACUCUCGAACUCAAAAUACUGUUCUUGGACAUCAAGCAAUUCCACAAACUUCUGCAACAGACAUUCCGACAGAUGAUCUUCAGGCCAACACCUCGCGUUUUUAUUUCGAAGGGGAUGAUGAAAGUGAUAGUAGUCAACCUGAAAAUGGUGGUAAUAUCGAUUCCCAAGCUGAGGAAGCGAGUGCAUCCGAACUAUUAGAAGAACAAGGAGAUGAUCUCAGCCUUGCAUGGGAAAUAUUAGAAUAUUCCCGUGAUAUAUUUUCUCAUAUUCAAACAGAAUCUGCAAAGAGGUCUCUUGGAGAAGUAUAUAUUAAAUUGGGCGAUAUUUCUCUUGAAAAUGAAAAGUUCGAUCAAGCGGCGAUUGAUUAUAGCGAAGGUGCCAAGCUAAAAACAGAUACACUUCCUGAAGGCGACCGGCAAAUAGCAGAGGCAUAUCCUUUAUUAAUACAUAUUUAUUCCAAAAUUCAAAUUAUUUACUUUUAUCAUGAAAAUGAAGCAAUUGUACAUGUACAAAAAGCCAUAGAAGUAUUGAAUAAGCGUAAGGAAAUUCUGCAAGCACGAUUGAAUGAUUAUCAGGAAACGAGUGGUAAAGGAAAAAAAAUAGCUACGGAUGACGAUGAUACUGUACUAAUUGACAAAGAAAUAAAGGACAUUGAUGAGUUCCUUGUGGAAAUGGAAUCAAAAAUUGCAGACAUUCAGGCAGCAAAACUUUCUCAAGAACCAACAAUACAGAAACCCAGUGAUAUUGCACUUGAGGAAUAUGUGAAACUGCUUUCUUCAUGUGAACCAUCAUCUAGUUCGAUAGAGACAUCGUCAACAACUCCUGUGAACGAUUUGACAUCACUUAUUAAAAGGAAGACGACUAAUAGCAAUGCGACUGAUGCUUCCAAAAAUAAUGCGACGACUGAGACACCGAUACAAGAAGAAGAAAAGAAACGGAGGGCAGAAAUAAAGGCUGAUACUGAUGAAUAUGGAGGAGAAAAUGAAUUGAAUCCGAAUAAAAAAGUCAAGCAAUAG